AUGUGGAUGCGGGCAGCAUCACUGUCUCUCUUAUCCCUAGCCCAUUUAGCUUGGGCUUCUCCUUACAGGUCUGACCUUGUGGCCUACAACCUCAACACCAACCAAAACGCCCAGUCCGUCCUCGACUAUUCCUAUCCAACCCGUUCCAAUUACACUCUUUCGCCAGAAAACUGGCGCGCCGUUCCAUUCUAUACCGUCCUGCUCGACAAGUUCGCGGACGGUGAUCCUUCUAACAAUGAUUACUUUGGUACUAUGUACGAGUGGGACUGGCGGGAGACGCAGCUUCGAUUUGGCGGUGACUUGGCGGGAUUUACGUCAAAAUUGGACUACCUCUACGGAAUGGGUGUCAGAGGCGUCUAUAUUUCUGGUACACCAUGGAUUAACAUGAUAUGGGAAGCGGACAGCUAUUCACCUCUCGACUUCACUGUGCUGGAUCCUCACUUUGGCAACAUCACUGAAUGGCAGUCGGCUAUCGACGCUGUUCACAAUCGUGGGAUGUACGUCAUGAUGGACUUCACCGUCGGAACCAUGAGCGAUCUGGUCGGUUUCGAAGGGUUCAUCAACGCGUCUGCUCCGUUCAGUCUCAACGAGUAUCAAUCGGAGUGGAAGAAACCCAUGUACAUACCGUGGGGUUUCAAUGAGUACAAGGACUUCGCGAUCAACAACACGUACAACUACUCCUGUGUAAUGCCCGUCUUCUGGAAUGACGACGGUCAAAUACAAGACAUCAACUGGGAUGGAGGUUGUUACGAGUCCGAGUUCGAUCAGUAUGGUGACAUGGAGGCUUUCGGUGUCCACCCUGACUGGCAGCGUCAGUUGUCGAAGUUCUCUUCAGUCCAGGAUCGUCUCAGGGAGUGGAAGCCGGAUGUAUUGGCGAAGUUGGAAACCUUCGCCUGUCUCGCGAUUACCGCACUUGACUUCGACGGUAUUCGUAUCGACAAAUCCACGCAGAUCACGGUUGCUGCGUUGGCAGAGUGGACUGCCGCCACUCGGAAAUGUGCUACCAAUCUUGGAAAGAAAAAUUUCUUGAUUACUGGCGAAGUUACUGGUGGUGAUACGUUUGGAUCUCUCUAUUAUGGUCGUGGUCGUACGCCUGGUCAACUUCCACCCGGUUAUUCGGCAGUGCCAAACGUGACCUACGCAGACAAUCAGUACUUCCUCCGUACCACUGACAUCGGUCUGGACGGUGUCGCCUUCCACUACUCAACAUACCGAGCGCUGACUCGCUUCCUCGGCAUGGACGGUAACUUGGAAGUCGCGUACGAUAUCAGUAGCAAUUUCAUCACGGCGUGGCACGAGAUGUUCGUCGACAAUGACAUGAUCAACGCAAAUACGGGGAAGACGGAUCCGAGACAUAUGUUUGGCACCAGCAACUUUGAUGUGUUCCGUUGGCCGAGUUUGGAGAACGGAACAGCUCGGAGCGUCAUAGCUACAUUCAUCACUUCGCUUGUGAUGCCGGGUAUUCCACUAUUUUACUACGGAGAGGAGCAGAAUUUCUACGUCUUCGAUACCACGGCUAACAAUUACCUCUAUGGUCGUCAGGCCAUGAUGAGCAACAAGGCAUGGCAGCGCCACGGAUGCUACACGCUCGGUUCUCAGCAGUAUUUCAAUGCUCCGUGGGGCAGAUCGCUCCUUGGUUGUGAGGAUGAUUGGAACUCGUUGGACCAUUUCGAUCCCACAUCGGAUUCUCGUCGUCUUUUCGCGCAAUUCAUGUAUCUGCGAUCGGUCUACCCCGCUCUCCAAGACGGUUGGAAUCUCGUGCAGCAAGGCAAUUGGACUUCUUACAUUCAGCGUCCGGGUUCUAACGAUACUGCCACGGAGAUGGGUCUCUGGUCGGUCUCUCGCUCAGAAAUGACCGGUGCUCAAACUUUGUCCGGUAACAACAGCAUUGAGGUUUGGAUGCUGUACUCGAACGAGAACACGACGCAGACUUGGGAGUACCCUUGUUCUUCUAAACUGUGGAUCUCUGCUCCCUACGUGUCGACUGUGACCGUCAGAAACCUGUUUGCCCCAUACGAGGAGUAUGCUCUCGAACAGUCUGAAUCAGCGUACUACAACAACAGUCAAGCCCCUUGGUUCGGUUGCUUGGGAAAUGUGACCAUGGAGCCCUUCGGUUUCAAAGCUCUCGUUCCGCUCGAGAACUGGGUCGCCCCUCUGCCUGCUCUCACACGGUUCUUGCCAGGCCACGACGCACGUAUUACUUCAGUGAGCGGUGACAGCAAUGCAAACGCGGUUAAUAUCUCGCUGGAAUUUAGCGUUCAAAUGAAUUGUGACAGUGUCACCAAUUCGCUUUCCUUUGCAAUGUCGUCUUCGGGACAUGGAUCAGCACCGACGAUUCAACAGUCUUCGAUCACCUGUGCUGCGGUAUCUGAGCCCGUACCAGCUCAGGUUUCUGGAGUCUCCACGUCUGCAUGGGCGUGGUCUGCUACGUUGGUGAAUUUCCCUGACGGUAUUCUCACCAUUACUGUCAACAACCCGACGUCGCAAGAUGGUACCGCAUCCACUGGAUCUAUAGACCAUCUAUUACUUCGUAAGGGUCAGGCAAACAACGCUGUUGUCUUCCCGGAUUCCGACUAUGACAGCGGCGCAUUGACGUACUCAGGCGGUCAGUACAACUUCACCCACAAGGCCUAUGGCGCAGACACCUUCCGUUACUCUUGGAACUUCGGUCAGAACUGGACGGACUGGCAACCAUGGGAAGACUCUACCCUGGUCAACACCUCGUUCUUCGACGGCACCAAUAUGUUCUGGAGUGGAAAGCAUAUCAUGGUGCAAUAUUGGAGCCAAGCGGCGAUGUCAUCAAGCAGUGUCGUUCACUCCGACUACAAUUUCAACACUCCUCGUCGGUACCCUCAGUUCCUGGUUCGCGGACCAUUCAACCAGUGGGGCUUGGAUAAAGGUCUCCCCUUCGAGAUGACCCAGAAUUCUCAAGGCCAGUGGGAGCUCGAAAUCAUGGACACUUGGCCAUCGUAUGUUCAACUCAACGUCUUCAGCUUUGAUAACUACUACUAUGGAGAUGUCGACGGUGACGGUGUGAUGGAUCGCCUACCCCCCAACACGCUCGCGCCGAACUACUUGAACUUGUCUGCUCCACCGCAUCCCCAUCUUGCAUGGAAUCUGGUUAUCGAUGAUUCCUCUUUGCAGUGGUGGUUGGUACCGGUCGGCGAGUCUGCCAUUGGUGCUAUCAUGUUCGCCCUCCUCUUGUCGAUCCCAUUCAUCACCGGUUCGCUCGCGGUCGUUAUCUUUAUGUGGUCUUUCUACGGCAUUCGGUACAACCAGUGGGGUGUGAAGCCUCAGAAGGAUCAUAGCAGCUACUUCCCCAUCCUAGGCAGCCUCGGGAACAAGUCGAAGUCGAAUUUACAGGAUUCCACGCCACUCUCGGAGAAGAUGUUCGGGCACAAACACAACGCAGACAUUAUUGGAUGGCCGGAAGACAAGAAUAAGCGCCGUAAAGUCUUGAUUGCCACCCUUGAGUACGAAAUCAUCGACUGGAAGCUGAAGGUGAAGAUUGGCGGUCUUGGUGUCAUGUCAAGUCUUAUGGGCAAGGCCAUGACCGACGUCGAUCUCGUCUGGGUGGUCCCGAAGGUCAAGGAUCUCGAGUACCCUCCUGGUGAACCUGCAGAUCCCAUAGAAGUCAUCAUCUUCGGCGAACCGUAUUUGAUUGAAGUCGAGACCCACGUGUUGGACAACAUCACCUAUGUCAUCCUCGACAGCCCAGUUUUCCGUGCCCAGACGAAGGCCGAUCCAUACCCAGCUCGCAUGGAUGAUCUCAGCUCUGCCAUCUUCUACUCUACCUGGAACCAGGCGAUCGCUGCGACAGUCCGCCGAAACCCGCUCAUCGACAUAUACCACAUUAACGACUAUCAUGGUGCCCUUGCCCCUAUCUACCUCUUGCCGAAGGUCCUGCCAAUUUGUCUGUCUCUGCACAAUGCUGAAUUUCAGGGUCUGUGGCCACUCCGCACGAAGGAAGAAAUGAAGGAAGUGUGUUCCGCGUUCAAUAUCAGCAAAGAGCACUGCACCAAAUACGUUCAGUUCGGAAAUACGUUCAAUUUGCUUCACGCUGCCGCUUCCUUUAUUAGCGUUCACCAGAAGAGUAUUGGUGUUGCUGGUGUCUCCGACAAGUACGGUAAACGUAGUUGGGCGCGUUAUCCCGCGUUGUGGACUCUCAAACACGUCGACUCCUUGCCCAACCCUGAUCCUACUGAUAUCGCAGCUCUCGAUGAGAACCCGAUUGAAGUUCGCGACAUCAAGAUUGAUCAAGCUGCGGAAGCAGAGAGACCUGAACACAAGCGCCAAGCGCAAGAAUGGGCUGGUAUCAAGCAGGAUCCCAAUGCCGACCUAUUCGUGUUCGUCGGUCGUUGGUCGAAACAAAAGGGUGUAGAUCUGAUUGCAGAUGUUAUGCCGUCGCUGCUCGAGAAACGUCCUUCGAUUCAGCUCAUCACUGUCGGUCCUGUCAUCGAUUUGUAUGGUCGUUUUGCUGCUGAGAAGUUGGCGCGAUUGAUGGAGCUCUACCCUGAUCGCGUCUUCUCGAAGCCGGAAUUCACAGCUCUUCCACCGUACCUUUUCAGCGGCGCAGACUUCGCGUUGAUUCCGUCUCGUGAUGAACCAUUUGGUCUUGUAGCUGUUGAAUUCGGUAGAAAGGGUGCUCUCGGUGUUGGUAGUCGUCUCGGAGGUCUUGGAUUGAUGCCCGGUUGGUGGUUCCCCGUCGAGUCGACGUCGACGGAACAUAUGAUGUCCCAGCUUACGAAGACGAUCAAGAUGGCAUUGAAGUCGUCAGAGGAAGAGCGAGCAAUGCUCCGCGCUCGCUCUGCCGUUCAACGUUUCCCUGUCGUGGAGUGGCGCCAGCGCAUGGAGGACUUCCACAAGCGUAGUAUCAAUCUUAGUCGUGGUCUGGCCGGUGAGAACGCCUUCCGUGCUUCAGACUGCGACGGGGGUCAAAAUCGUCCCAUUCCCGAAAUGGAUGACUGGAAUCCCGUGGACCAGGCGUACCCGUCUCAGCCAGAUUGGGAAAGUCGCAGUCUCAACGAAAGUCCUAGGAAUGGCGGCCCUCCAGGAUCACCGGGUGCUUGGAGUCAGGAGACAUUAACGCCAGGCCCAGAUAGCCAUCUUGCUGCACCGCCGCGGCUCCUUCCUGAUGGGCGUAGAGGAUCGUUCAGCACCGACAUCUCGGACAACGACAGUGACUACUUCUCUCAUUCGGGCACUAGCGCAGACAACACUCCACAAGACUUCGGCAACUUCCUCGAGAGAGCCAACAAGACAAUUGCGCGCGACCAAAAGCACGUCCCGGAUCCAUUCUUAGAUGCUACUGCACCCUCGCGGCCAUUCGGUGCUCACUCCCGAGUCUCUUCCGUUGAGUCCAUUGCUUCGAUCGUGGAUGAGAAGCAGAACUCGCCUUUGAAUAAGGCCAUUGCAUCGUUCACUGAUGCGGAUGGAGGAGUUGCACAAGAAUUUGUCCAGAAAUUACAGAUGCUCAACUCACACAACUCCAAGGGGGAGCUGUCUAUCGAGAAGUUCUUGACAAAGAGUGAGGAGGCGUUCUUCGACAAAGUUAAGCGCGAUCGACUUUCUAUGGCGGCGAGUAUCCGAUCAUCGAAAAGAGAUUCAGUGUGGGGGACACCUGCUCCGUCUACAUUUGACCAAUCUCGACCCUCGUCUCCUAGCAUGCACUCUUUCGCUCCAGACGGCGGUUCUCAAGAAUUCGGCGACUACAGCGGCCCCUUACCAAACGGCAACGACGUCGUGAUCAUGACGAGAUUGCAAAUUGCAAUGUCAAGGGAACUCUUCGGCUGGCCAUUGUACGCUAUUGUUAUUGGCCUCGGACAGAUGUUGAGCGCAACGAGUUUCCAAAUCACCCUACUCUCUGGACAGAACUAUCAGUCUAAUCUACAACUGUAUGUGCUUGGUGGUGUCUUCCUGGCUGCAUCUGCGGUCUGGUACCCAUUGUUCCGCCUGAAGCCUUCGGUCUAUGUCCUUUCAUUUCCUUGGCUCUUUUUUGGUCUAGCCUUCUUCUUCAUCGGCCUGCCAGCAGUUGCUCCCGCACUUCACAGGACCCACUAUGCCAUGGCGAGUGCAGCUACGUGGUGUUACGCUAUAGCAUCUGCGGCUUCCUUUAUCUUCUUUGGUCUUAACUUCGGAGAGGAAGCUGGUGCGGCGACCGAGGUCUGGACCAUGAGAGCGUGUAUUGUACAAGGAUCGCAGCAGAUCUGGGUGGCUGCUCUGUGGUAUUGGGGUUAUGAGUUGGACAACGCAACAGCAGGCAGUAUCAUGCCAUGGUGGAUUGUUCUUAUCGUUUGGCCACUCUCAGUGAUGAGUCUCGUGUUCUCGUACCUUAUGCUUUACGGCUUGCCAGAUUAUUACCGCCAGACUCCCCCAAAGGUACCCAACUUCCUCAAAACCCUUUUCCGCCGAAAACUUGUUCUAUGGUUCCUUGGCUCAGAGAUUUUGCGCGACUAUUGGUUGAGUGGACCCUAUGGUCGUAACUGGACUUUCCUCUGGAGUGUUCCUAUUCCGAAGUGGCAGAUUCUGCUUCUCAUUAUCGGGUUCUUCAUCGGUGUCUGGGCGCUGAUGAUGUUCGGUCUCACGCGCAUGAGCAUGACUCAUACGUGGCUUCUGCCUGUCUUCGCAGUGGGACUGGGGGCGCCAAGAUGGUGUCAGAUGUUGUGGGGCACGUCAUCGCUCGCUCUGUACAUUCCAUGGGCUGGACACGCAGGCCCAUACCUUGGUAUCUCCCUCUGGCUAUGGUUGGGUGUUUUGGAUGCCGUCCAGGGUGUUGGCCUUGGCAUGAUCCUCCUUCAGACACUUUCUAGGUUGCACGUUUGCGCGACACUAGCAUUCGCACAAAUCAUUGGAUCUAUCAGUGUGAUGGUCGCACGAGCAACAGCCCCAGACAAGAUAGGUCCCUCGAGCGUUUUCCCUGAUCUUGCUUCCUGGGAUAUCUCCAGCGGACUCAAAGGGAGUCCGAUGGCAUCUGCUCCUUUCUGGAUAGCUCUCAUUUGCCAGAUUGUCAUCGUAAUUGGUUACUUCUGGUUCUAUCGCAAGGAACAACUUGCGCGCCCAUGA